AUGGCUAUUGAAUUAGGUGUGUAUGAUACCAGGAACACUUGGGCUCUCAAAACUAACAUUUCAACAGAGGAAAGACAACAGGAUAUGUGUCCGAUCUGUAAAACAGAUCGAUACCUUAGUCCUGAUAUGAAGUUUCUUGUGAACCCGGAAUGUUAUCACAAGAUGUGUGAAUCCUGUGUGGAUAGAAUAUUUGCUCUGGGACCUGCUCCUUGUCCAUAUCCUGGAUGUGAUAAGACCUUAAGAAAAAAUAAAUUCAAGACUCAAAUAUUUGAUGAUAUUACAGUAGAGAGAGAAGUUGAUAUAAGGAAAAGAGUUUCUCAAAUUUUCAAUAAAACAUAUGAAGACUUCAAUGAUUUGGAUAAAUAUAAUGAAUAUUUGGAAGAAGUGGAAACUAUAAUUUUCAAUCUUGUUAACAAAAUUGAUGUUGAAGAAACGGAGGCAAAACUAUCAGUUUAUGAAGAGAGCAAUAAGAGUAAAAUUUUGGAAAAUAACAACAGUAGGGAGAAAGAAUAUGAAGAUUUCAAGAAACAAGAAGAAUUAGAAAAAGAACUGAGAUUAAAGAAAAUUAUGCUAGAGAAACAAAUUGAACAAGAAGAGAAAGAAAUGAAUGAAGCUGCAAGAAGAGAAAUUUUGAACAAAUUAUCAGGUUCACAAGAUCCAACACAAAUGAUUAGUCAAGUUAAGAAAUCAAUGUUGAAGAAAUCAUCAGCAAGAAGAAAACAAUUGGAUGAAAUUAUGAAGUCAUUAAACUCGAAACAAAGUGGUAAUGAACAACAAGACACCAAUUCCGUUCCUUUCACACCAUUCAAUGGUGAUAGAGUCCUUGCAAAAGAUUUCUCAAUAAGUCAAGAAUAUUAUGAUCCUUUUAUUGAUGAGUUACAAAAGAAGAAAGACUACAUUGCUGCCGGUUUCAAAGCUGAACAGGUUUAUGAAAGAGUCUUGAGUGAAGCAUUUAUUGGGUUGGGAUGUUUCAUCGAAGAGGAAAAAGCUUCUGCUGUUGCCUAA